UCUACGUACGUACGUCAAUGCAGUUAGAGUCUAAAAUGGCAACCACCAGUACUAGAAAAUCAACCAAUCCUUUCGAUGAUGUCGACGAGCCUGAAAACCCUUUUUGGGAUGAACAUGCUCCAGGAAAUCCUGAGAUUGAAGAGGCGGUUGCUGAAUUGAACCUUGGUGUACUAGAUCUCACGUCAGAUGAGUUUAUCUUGGAUGAAGUCGAUAUUCAUAUCCAGCAGAACCUCGAGGAUGAAGUGGUCAAGGCGGCUUUGGAAUCGGGCGUGGAUCUGAGACAGUAUUCCAAACAGAUAGAAGCUGAACUACAGGAAGUGGAGAACGCCUCCAUAGAUGACUACAUCAAAGAAAGCCAAAACAUUGCCAGUCUGCACAACCAGAUUACAGCAUGUGACACCAUCCUUGAGAGGAUGGAGCAGAUGCUGAAUGGUUUUCAGUCCGACCUGGGUAGUCUGAGCGCAGAGAUACAGACGUUACAGGAGCAGUCCAUCGCUAUGAAUGUCAAACUCAAGAACAGGCAGGCCGUGAGGGGAGAACUCAGUCAGUUUGUGGAUGAGAUGGCUGUCAAUGAGAGAAUGAUCAACAUCGUGUUGGAAGCCCCUGUGACAGACAGACAGUUCCUGGAGCAGCUUCAUGAGCUAAACCAUAAGAUACGCUUUGUCAAGGAGCAGGCCUUUAAGGAUGCCCUGUCUUGCCGAGAUGUGGAGGACAUCCUGGAGAAACUCAAACUCAAGGCCAUCUUCAAGAUUCGAGAGUUCAUUCUUCAAAAGGUCAACCAGAUGAAGAAACCAAUGACAAACUACCAGCUACAACAGAAUGCCAUGCUAAAAGCAAGAUUUUUCUAUGAGUUUUUGCUGGCCAAUGAGAGACAUGUGGCGAAGGAGGUGAGGGAUGAAUACGUGGACACCAUGAGUAAAGUCUACUUCUCCUAUUUCAAGGGAUACAUCAACAGGCUCAUGAAACUACAGUUUGAUGAAGUGGCAGACAAGGAUGAUCUGAUGGGUGUAGAAGAUACAGCCAAGAGAGGUCUCUUCUCGUCCAAGCCGUCUCUCAAGAAUCGAUCCACCGUCUUCACCAUUGGUAACCGUGGUAACAUCUUAACCUCCGGGUUAGAAGCCUCCAUCAUCCUCCCUCAUGCAGCCCAGAAGGAUGACACCAAGCAUACUUUUGAAAGCUUAUUUCGCAGCCAGCACUUUGCCCUGUUGGACAAUUGCUGUCGAGAGUAUCUCUUUGUCUGUGAUUUCUUCAUGGUGAGCGGUAGCAAUGCUCAGGAUCUCUUCACCAAUCUCCUGGGAAAGACGCUCUCAAUGUUCCUGAAACAUAUGGACACAUACACGAAUGAGUGUUAUGACUCCAUAGCGGUAUUCCUCUGUAUACACAUCAUCCAACGGUAUAGAGUUCUUAUGCACAAGAGAUCUGUUCCAGCCUUAGACAAAUAUUGGGAGACACUUUUCGAGAUGCUCUGGCCGAGAUUCAAACUCAUCCUAGAACUCAACAUCCAGAGUAUUCAUGAAAUGGACCCACAGAAACUAGGAUCCAUUGAUGUCAGACCACACUACAUCACUCGUCGCUAUGCGGAGUACUCUGGUGCCAUUGUGAACCUGAACGAAACGUUCCCAGAUGAGCGAGUGAACAGGCUCCUUCUGAAGCUACAGUCUGAAGUGGAGAACUUCAUUCUGCGGAUGGCUGCCGAGUUUCCGUCCAGGAAAGAGCAGCUUAUCUUCCUGAUCAACAACUAUGACAUGAUGCUCAAUGUUAUAACUGAAUGUACAUCGGAGGAUUCGAGGGAGGCAGAGAGCUUCCGUCAGCUCCUGGACGCCAGGACGCAGGAGUUCAUCGAGGAGGUUCUCGCUCCUCACUUUGGAGGGAUGAUGUCGUUUGUCAAAGAUGCGGAGAAUCGCAUCGAGAGGGGACAAGCAGACCAUCUCAAGUCACAAGAACGUCAUGUUGAGCAGUUGGUCCGAGGUUUCUCAUCGGGUUGGAAGCAAGCCAUUGAGCUCAUCAACCAGGAAAUCAUGAGAUCAUUUACCAACUUCAAAAAUGGCACCGGCAUUCUACAAGGUGCCCUGACACAACUCAUCCAGUACUAUCACCGGUUCCAGAAGGUCUUGUCUCAAAACCCUCUCAAAGCUCUGAGUGUGAGAGGUGAACUCAUCAACAUCCAUCAUCUCAUGGUGGAGGUUAAGAAACACAAGCCAGCGUUCUAGAUCAGCUUCAAACAGAGGCACUGAUGGGUGUAGUGGGGUUGGGGAGGCAGGCAGGGGUCAGUACUAUCACCCGUUCCAGAAGGUCUUGUCUCAAAACCCUCUCAAAGCUCUGAGUGUGAGAGCAGAACUCAUCAACAUCCAUCAUCUCAUGGUAGAGGUUAAGAAACACAAGCCAGCGUUCUAGAUCAGCUUCAAACAGA